UCUGGCAGAAGACCUGGAGGAUCUUCAUGUUGUGGGACUGCUGCUGCAGGUGCUGUGGGACCACUCUGAUUAAACGCCAUGGAGCCCUCCCUCUCAAGACCAACAUCAACGACACCUGGGUGGUCCUCCAGAACUUGUUGAUGUGCAUGGUGACCUUCUACUCCCUUUACUACAUCACUGUCAGUCUCUGCAUCGGCCUGCUAAGGGUCCAUGAGGUAGACAGUUUGCUGGCUCCCUUCGACUACACCACACAGCCCUCAUGGCAGAGCCCCAAAUACCUGGUGAGUGUGAUUUCCAUGGAGGUGACCUAUGUGCUGGGAGGACUGGUGUUUGCCUGGAUUGUGGAAGAAUGGGUGUGGGACUACGCCAUCACUGUCACCCUCCUACACAUCGCUAUGACUGUUGCAGUUAUGUCCGACUUCCCUUCAACAGAGCAUUGGUGGAUUGCUCUAGGUUCGGGGCUAGUGAUGAUGAUCUUUGGAGGUCAACUCCUGGCCUACAAACUAUUCAGGAAUAACUUUGUAUACCCAGCAGACCUCCAGAACUUCUAAUGACAACUUUUCUUUCCUCUGAUGACAACGUCCUGCUCCCUCUAAUGGCAACUUCCUGCUUCUUCUAAUGUAAACUUUUGCUUCCUCAACAACAUUAUGUACAGUAUUGUUUUGUAUUCAAUUUUUUUACCCUCAUGUAGAACAUAUUGGUACUCGGUUGUAAAUAAUUAAUCCAAAGGUUUGUUUGAAAAGCAAUUCUUGAGAUAAUUAAACACUUCUGCAAAC